AUGACAAGGACCAACACGCGCGGCCAGAAGCGAAGGCAACGCGUCAUCUCAGGACAGCAGGGGAGGGACGAAGAAACCGUUCCUGAGGGUAGAGCGGCUACAUCAGGAAACAGCGAUGACACUACCGCUAAGUCGUCGACUAAACACCUCGAAGAUGCCCACGAGAUUGAUACCGCGGAGUUGGGUGCAGAGUAUGAUGUGGGUAGCAGUCCAUUGAAGCGGGCUAUAGGGUUCGCAUCUGAGGAUCUGGAUGAUGAUGGCCCAGACGUCGACACCGCGGAGUUGGGGGCAGAGUACGACACAGGGAGCAGCCCAUUGAAGGAGGCUGGAGGGUUGGCCUUGGAGGAUGUGGGAUAUGAUGGUGUGGGAUACGAUACUGCAGAGGCAGCAGCUGACUACGCUGUGGGCAGCUCCCAAGGUGUGGGUGGGGGAGCUCCCGCCGAGCACGGCUCCCCCACGCAGGACACAGCACAUCUGGCUAUGGACUACUUUGUUGAUGAAGACUCCAUGCAGGGGGUUCAUUCAGUCAACAUUGCUACCCAGGCUGAGGAUGUGCCACAUGGUACUGUGGGCCGCUGGGGAUUGAAAGGCCGACGCUCAGUUAAGGGAGAACUGGUCCCUCAUGCGAAACACACCAACACAUCACCGAAAUCUGCUAGUUCUCGAACGACUCACCACGAUGUACCUCCGACUGCCAAACCAAUCUUUGGCAAAUUUCUGUGGCGUGAAGUGGUCAGGCAGAGCGAGGGAGAGAUCAUCGAUACGGCAAUGAAGAGGGCGCAACACCUCGGCGAACACAAGAAAGACGUCGACCACCUUCCUCGCGUCAAAUGCUGGGCCCAAUUCGACGACUUUUCUACUGGCCAUAUCCGAAACUUCCUGAACAUCCCUUCUGAAGGUGCUCGGGUCCCAACAGUACUUGCUGCCGAGUGGCUGGUUACCGUUAAUAUCGAUGGCCUCGCGCCAGACGAUUACUGUCGCGCCAUAUGGCAGCUCAUCCGUCAUUUCUUGCUAUGGCAACUCGGAAUCGCGCAUGGCGAUAUCAGCAUGUCGAACCUCAUGCGGCGUCCGGAAACGGGCAACCAGGCAGUCCUAAACGGUUUUGAUUUGGCGACAACCAUGGACCCCGGAGAUCUCUCCCCCAAGAAGGCGGGCUUCGAGCGCAUGGGAACCAAACCUUUCAUGGCACUCGAGCUAUUGAGGAGUACAGAGGGACAAGUCAAGCGUCUCUGGUGCCUGGUGACCUACUGUUGCUGGCAACCGGAUUGGCUCAAAGGCUCUCAUUUUGACGUGUACCUUUCGAAGUGGGGCUGGGUGGGGCUCGCGCCCCACAUCCUAGUGGACGUGGUCGACGACCAUCCCACUCUACUCAACGACGUUCCUCCAGGAAAAGCGGCGGUAUGGAAGUCGUUGCUGUCAACCUUUGAUCAACUUCGAAGGGAGUAUACGUUCAACUACGGCCGGACGAAGGCUCCUUUGGAGAAGCAACUGGAACUCUUGCGCAUAUUUGAGAAGUACUUUAUUGACUAUGAAGCUGAAGGGUCGACGCGCGAUUGGCAGUGGUCUGAGUUUCGGGGUUCACCGUACAUGGCCAAUGUUGAUUAG